AUGGAUAAUCGGCUAAUCGCUUGUGUUUCCAUUGUCGGCUUGGCUUGGUUUGUGCGGAACACCUUUCUAGGUUUUGAGACAUCCGACACAAGUGGCCAUGAAAUGGAAGAAAUUUUCCGUCAAAUCGCUGAGGAACAGGGAAAGACAGCUGUACAAGAGAGAAUCUGUGGACAGCACAAAGGGAACAACCACGAGCACGCAUAUGAGGAAGAAGAAGGGAAAACCACGACAUUCACCGAAGAUCUAGCUGAAGGAGUUUGUUAUGAAGUUCUAGACAGCCUCGAUUAUAACAAUUAUUCCAAGGAUUUCGUACGUCGAGAAAUUGUACUCGUUUCUGAGGACGGUCAUGUUGACGACAAUAAUUUCGAAGCUAACUCAAUGUUUGGUCCAGGGCCACCGGUUAUGUCAGCAGUCUUGUCUCAUCCCAUAGGAGCGACCAAAUAUUUCAAAACUGAGAAAUGGCGAUUGUGUCCUACACUGUUCUCUCACGGAACUUAUGAGUUUCUGAUGAUAGAAAAUCUGUUCGUUUGGCGCCCAUUAGCUAGAAAAGGGAGCCAUCAUUAUAAAAUUUUGCAUUUGGGAAUAAAUGGUGGUCAGAGUCAUAUGUUCAUCAGAGCCGUAUAUCCAAACAUUCGCCAAACAAUAGUAGAAUCUGAUGGAACCCUAUUGAAACUGGCCAAAAAAUGGAUGAAAACUGUUGAACUCAAUGAAGACGUUAUUAGCGACGAGAAUAAUAAUUUUCUUCAGGAUUCAGAAGAUAAUCAGUAUGAUUCGGUGUGGGUUCACGGAUGUUCUAUGAACGACGAGAACGUUUACGAAUGUCCUUCCAAGAAAUAUUUACAAGCAUCGAAUCUUCGAAAGAUCAAGAGUGUUCUCAAUGAAAAUGGAGUUGUUAUGUUCCGUUACCAAUCCGUCUUGAAGAUGCGCAAAAAGCAUGAACCAGACGAGGAUGACUUCAGUCCAUCUAUUAUAACUCGAACAAUCACGGAACUUGAGACAAUUUUUGAAAACUGUUCCCUGGAAGACCGACUUGGAGACCUUGAGUUGAUUAUUGUUUGCUCCGAUCAAGAAUUUCCGAAUGAUAGAAUAGAAACAAUUGCACAGAACAGGCAGAGUAUCUUUGAUAAAUUCAAACAAGCUGAUGUGUAG